GUAUUUGCGAGCGGAAUAGGUUUUCGAACGAGGUUGGAUAGAAGAGAUACUUGUCCUCCUUUGCCGCAGGGAAUAAUUGGGAGAGAGCGAGGCGGAAGAAUAUGUUGAGAAAGGCUGAAGGUGGCUGAGUGGGGGUGAAGGGGCAGAAGUCUCUAGGGGAAGCCCCUCCUUUCCGCCAUUCUGCGACAGGUCAGUGGGGGAGGAGAGAUAGGGAUGUUGUUCCUCCCCAGGGAAGGAAAACCAGACUUGGUAUCUGAAGGUAUUGCUUAGAGUGCACUCCUGAUUUGUCCUUUUGAAUUUCUGGCCUUUCCCUGCCUGGCCCUUCUGGAAGGAAUUGGGAGCUCCCAAGCAUAUCUGAUCUCUGCCAAAAGCAGCACAACAAGUAAUGGAGAACCCAAUGGCCAGUUCAUCUCCACAUUUCCCAGAAGAUGAUGUUUCAAAGGACAGUAAUGAUGCUGUUCCGUCUGGGCUCAACCACUCAGAAGGUUUGUGCAGUGGCAGUGCCUCCCAGUCUGCCAACAAUCCAGAUUUUGCAGAGGACUUGCUGCAAACUCAACUGUUACGAAAUGAGUCAUCUAAUAAAGCUGAAAAUAGCGAGCUGAGGCCUGAGGAGGAGCAAAGAACUAAGAGAGGAGGCUGGUCCAAAGGGCGAAAGAGGAAGAAACCCUUAAGGGAUAGCAAUGCUCCUAAAUCUCCCUUAACAGGUUAUGUGCGGUUUAUGAAUGAACGGAGAGAGCAGCUUCGUGCUAAGAGGCCGGAAGUUCCCUUCCCAGAAAUCACCAGGAUGCUGGGCAAUGAAUGGAGUAAACUCCCUCCUGAAGAGAAGCGGCGUUACCUUGAUGAAGCAGAUAGAGAUAAGGAACGUUACAUGAGGGAGCUGGAGCAGUACCAGAAGACGGAGGCUUACAAAGUUUUUAGCAGGAAAGCUCAGGACAGACAAAAAGGCAAAUCACAUCGACCAGAAGGAGCACGACAGGCUGCCCAUGACCAUGAGAAGGAAACUGAUACAAAGGAGAGGUCUGUUUUUGAUAUUCCAAUCUUCACAGAAGAAUUCUUGAACCACAGUAAAGCACGGGAAGCAGAACUACGUCAGCUGCGAAAGUCCAACAUGGAGUUUGAGGAAAGAAAUGCUGCUCUGCAGAAGCAUGUGGAAAGCAUGCGCACGGCAGUGGAGAAGCUGGAGGUCGAUGUGAUACAGGAGCGCAGCCGCAACACUGUGCUACAGCAGCACCUGGAGACCUUACGGGAAGCCCUUAUCAGCAGCUUUGCUGGAGUCCCAUUACCAGGAAGUGGAGAGAUCCCCACAAUGGACACUAUUGAUUCGUAUAUGAAUCGACUGCACAACAUUAUCCUGGCAAACCCACAGGAGAAUGAGAAUCUUAUAGCCACCGUCCGGGAGGUUGUAAACCGCCUUGAACGCUAGUGACUUGGUGAGCGUCUGCCUUACCAGACUCUUUAGUCUUCCUAGGGCUGAAAUGAAAUGUUGCUAGCAUCUGAAACGGCUGACUUUCCAAGAUGGGAUUCUGCGUCAAUGUUCUGUAUUUGGUGAAAUCAAAUACCAAUAGUAAUUUAGUUACCCAGCACAAAUAACACACUCAUUAUAUGUAUGAACUAUUUCUGAUAUUCUGACAUCUUAAAUUUUUCACAGUUAUGCUUCCAUACACAAGGGCAUUUUUAACAGGGUUAAUGAAUAGGAACAACAAAUCAAGCCUCCCCGCAAUGCUAUGUUUCCUGUCAGUAAUGCUUAUCUGCUCCUGUUUAUGGCUCUGCUUCAAAAAAGAAAAGAAGGGAAAACAGUAGCCUGAUCCUUUUUGCCCUAAACCCGCAAGGCUAAGUUCCCUAGCCUGUAUUCUGAAUUGCUAAUAUAAAACCAAAUGGUGUUUUAAUUCAUUGUAUUCUGAGUUGAGGUCCAUCUGUGCCAUGGGAAGCCAGAAGUCCUCAACCUUUCUGAUCCUGACCUUUUGUGAUAAUUGUGCAGCGUAGUUAAUUGUAUGCUCCCCAUUAUAGCUUAGCCUAAGUGAAAAGACCGUUGCCCUUCCAGCAAAGCAGCCAGAUGGAACAGAUGACAGUUCUAAGUCAUCUCUGCUCCCUGCAGGAUAAAAAAGCAGUUCUGCUGCUAUUUUAUGAAAAGGAACAGCUUGUGGACACAAGACUGGGAUUUUUCUGCAGCUCAUCAGCCUUGUUCUUUUAACAGGACAUUUUCUGUUAGCAUUCCUGUAAGCUGGAAAGGAGAGACUUGGGGAAUUCAUGGGUGGGAGUGAGUUUCGUCUGCAAUAGAAUAUGGCAAUUGGUAAAGGGGUCUCCCUUUAGGCUGAUGUUGGAAGGGCACCCCAGGCCCUGAGCCAGAUGCUUCCCAUUUAACAUACCUUGCCAACAAAACUUGACUCAAAGCUUCAGAUGUCAAGACAGGUAGCUGUAUGCAUUGUUUCUAGUGUUGUGAGUAACCCCAGGAGAGUUAUGAACAUUAUUUGUGGCAUCAAAAUGGAAAUGUGUUCUGUUUCUGGGGAAAAGUUGGAUUCAAAUUUGAAUCGCUUGAAACAGCAACAACAAAAAACCAACUACCACCCUUCUCCUUCCUCAUUCUUCUGAUUAAGAAGUCAUGUUCUCACUCCCUAAAAACAACAUAGAUAAGGCAAUUAAAAUGUUAAUUUCAGACCAGCUUUGUUAUCCAAAUAUGAUGGUGAUGUUCCAAGUAUGCUUGAUGUAUGUAAUUACUCUUGACAUUCAUCUUGGCAAAAGAUUCAUCGAAUAAGAGGAAGUUGUGAAGGCAAAGAAUAUGAACUGCUAGGGUGAGGCUACCACUAAUAAACAAGAGGUUCACAUAGCUAUUAAUGCACUUACUAUGUGUGAGGUUACAUUAACUAGAAACUGUUUCCUUUUUGUCAGUUUCUUCUCUUUGGAGUCUUGGCGCACCGUUUUUAACGUACAGAUCAAUGAAGCCCAGAAAUUCUGGGAACAAAAUUAUUUACCACCUAAUAAUUCCUGGUGUACCAGAUCAGUAGUCCCCCAGUGUUUGAGAUCUAAGAUAGGGACUAUUGCCAAUACUUUGGCAUCUCCAGUGAAUGACUCUCCAUCCUUUUUGUCAGGCCAAUUCAAAACACAGUGACAUCUAAAUGGGAAAGGCUAUUAAAAAGUGUUUAAUUCCAUUUCAGAACUUUUAUACUCUGCAAGGGUAUAAAAAUUCAUUCACCCCUGGAGCCACUAACAUUGGAUUUGUUUUACACUCAUUUUAAGUUACAACAUGUCUAUGCAGUUGAGGCUGCUGCUUUUUUUCUUUUUGAUGAUGGGAGUUGCCUAUUGACUUGUGUUGUCAAAUGAUAAGUGUGUACCUUAUCACUUCUGCAUCUAUAGUGUUUUGAGUUGGUUACCCUAAGCUGUUCCAAUCCUAAUGGCAUGUAACACUUCUCAACAGUGUAUUUAAUAUAUGUCCUACAUUUUCAAGGAUGUUUUAACAGUAUAUUGUGACUUUGAAUAAACCUGUCCUGUACAGUUCUUGUAUCCAAACUGUCUUGAAUCGAUAGCAGAUCAAAUUGGGCCUGGCAACCAUGCUGGGCAUUCCCAUUAAAAUCCCCUUCUUUUGGGCA